AUGGUGCGACGCCUACAACGACAAUUGCCGUUUUUACGGAGCGUGUUGCGCGAAGCCGACCAGCACGUGAGACGGGAACGAUUGCAACACGCCAAUGCCGAUCAAGUCAAUGCCAUCAGUGAGUUGGUGAUGAACACCUUGAAAGGGCAUAUGACCGUCCCGCCUCGACUCUUGGAUCCAUUGCGUCCGCACAAGCGCGCCUUGCGCGAGAUGGCGCGUCGCAAGCAUUCCAUAAAACGGCGACGGCAGGUCAUGAUGGCUCAAACUGGGGCGGGAGUGUGGCACGCCUUGGAUCGCGUGUAUCGUCAUUGCCUGUCAGGAUGA